GAUUUCAGUUUGUUAAAAUGAGCAGUCGCAAAUCUAAGAGUAACAACUUAAUACAUGCAGAGUAUCUUUCACAGGUACAAGGAAUUUUACGGGAAAGAUUUUGUCAUCAGAGCCCACAUAGUAACUUAUUUGGAGUACAAGUACAAUACAAACACUUAAUUGAGCUGCUAAAAAGAACUGCUAUCCAUGGAGAAAGUAAUUCUGUACUCAUUAUUGGACCCCGAGGAUCAGGAAAAACCACGUUAAUAAACCAUGCUUUGAAAGAACUAAUGGAAGUAGAAGAAGUGAGUGAAAAUGUAUUACAAGUGCACCUAAAUGGACUGCUGCAGAUCAAUGAUAAAAUUGCCCUAAAGGAAAUCACAAGGCAGUUAAAUCUGGAAAAUGUAGUUGGAGAUAAAGUUUUUGGAAGUUUUGCUGAAAACCUUUCAUUUCUUCUGGAAGCUUUAAAAAAAGGUGACCGGUCUAGUAGCUGCCCAGUGAUCUUCAUAUUAGAUGAAUUUGAUCUUUUUGCUCAUCAUAAAAACCAGACACUACUCUAUAAUCUGUUUGACAUUUCACAGUCUGCACAGACUCCACUAGCAGUAAUUGGUCUUACAUGUAGAUUGGAUAUUUUGGAACUCUUAGAAAAAAGAGUAAAGUCACGAUUUUCUCACCGGCAGAUACAUUUAAUGAAUUCAUUUGGAUUUCCACAGUAUCUUAAAAUAUUUAAAGAACAAUUAUCUCUACCUGCAGAAUUUCCAGACAAGAUCUUCACUGAGAGGUGGAAUGAGAAUGUUCAGGGUCUCACAGAAGAUAGAAGUGUGCGAGAAGUACUACAAAAGCAUUUCAAUGUCAACAAAAACCUGCGGUCAUUACACAUGCUAUUGAUGCUUGCUUUAAAUCGUGUAACAACAUCACACCCAUUUAUGACUGCAGCAGAUCUGAUGGAGGCAAACCAGUUGUGUAGCAUGGACUCUAAAGCAAAUAUUGUACAUGGUCUGUCAGUCUUGGAAAUCUGUCUUAUUAUAGCAAUGAAACAUUUAAAUGACAUCUAUGAAGAGGAGCCCUUUAAUUUUCAAAUGGUCUAUAAUGAGUUUCAGAAGUUUGUUCAAAGGAAAGCCCAUUCUGUUUAUAAUUUUGAAAAACCUGUUGUCAUGAAGGCGUUUGAACACUUACAACAAUUAGAAUUAAUAAGGCCCGUGGAAAGGACUUCGGUAAAUACACAGAGAGAGUACCAGCUGAUGAAACUACUUUUGGAUAAUACUCAAAUUAUGAAUGCUUUGCAGAAAUACCCCAACUGUCCUACAGAUGUUAGGCAAUGGGCAACAUCCUCACUAAGCUGGUUAUGAAUAUAACCGGUGGUUUCAGUUACAAAGUUUCAGACAUACUUCUGUAAGGAAGUCAAAGCUAUUGUCCUUUAACAAGAUAUGUUAUUACAUUUUCUUAUAUUUAUAAACAUGUAUUUUUGUAUUCAUGGGAGACUGUUACACAUGUAGUGUCUUGGCUGUGUCAUGCCUUUGAAUCAUGAGCAGUUACAUGAUUUAUAAUUUCAGUGAUUUUAGAUUAUGUUGUAAGUAGAAGUUCAAAGAAAUAAAUGUGACUGUUUUAGGGAGUGAACCAUAUGCUUAUUUAACACUUGUCAAGUAUUUAUGCAGUAUAUUUGAAGAGUUCAUUUCAACACAGCAGCCUACUGUCUUUACAAAUCCUCAAGCGGUAAAGAAACAGUGGUAAGAGUUGAGGUGUACUGAGCAGUCUUUUGGUCCACUGGGAGGUGCCACAUUUGUUUUGUUUUUUUUCUAUCCGUGGAGAUUCUGGAUUCUAUCCCAGACCCAGGUCUUUUAGUUCAGGAGACUGACCAGUUUGGCCAGGAGACAGUUCACACGGAAAAAAAAGGUGAAAAGUUUGAAUAUGAAUUUCUUCCAGGCUUCUCAAAAGGUGGUACUUAAUCUUAUCACCUAUAGAAGAAUCCCUUGUAGAAUUUUUUAAAAGGCAAAUUUUUUCCAUUUCAUUAAAGGUUUUGUGAAAUGCUGGUUUAUUUUUUUAUUUAUUUUUUUAAAAGGCAAAUUCUUGGGCCUGUCACAGGCCCAAAGGAUCAGAAUUUGUCUUUUUAACAGGGACUUUAGGAAAUGCCUAGAAAAACAUUCCCGCAAUUAAUGGUAAGUGUAUGGCACUAUUGACUAAACUUACUUGUAUCAAAAAUUGUAAAUCCCUAAAGGCAAUGUAGAAAUAGAAAUGCUCACCUUAUAAAUUUAGGAGUCCAGGAACUAUUUAGGAGUCCAGGUUUAAAAUGAAAUUUAAUAAGCAUUUGCUAAGUGUUAGUGACUUCAUUUAUUUAAGAACAUUUGAUUGUAUAUUGUUUUUAAAAGACAGUCCCUGUCCUUGUGUAUUUCAUAAUCCUUUUAACUAUCAAGUGCCCUGUGAUAUUCAGGGACUGUUAUUUACAGUUGAGAAAAAACUGACAUACUAGUGGCAGUGUUCAGAAUCACACAGGUAGAGAAUGACUGACACACUCUGGAAUUCAACUCAGGUUUGACUGACACAAAAGCCCCACUGUCAAGAGUUUAAAUUCCUUAACAGGUUCUUGCCAUACUUUUUUUUAAAGUAUGCUCUAAGAAAUUAUUUACCAGGUUUUUCAAGAAGUGUCAGGUAUAGAAUGGACUAUAACAUUUCUGUGUGUAAAAAGUAGCUCUUCAGUUCAACCUAUUUUUUUGCAGAUGUAGCUGUUCUUUCCCUGCCUUCUAAGUCUUCAGAUCACUGUCAUUUACUUUUCAGCAGUGUUUCAGUAAAGGUAAGGCUUGCAUACUGGUUCUGUGCAAUAGUCGACAGAUUUUAGGGGAUAUUUUGCCAGAAUACUUAGAAGCAAGGAUUUUACACAUGAGCUUAAGUUUUCUCUCUAAAAAAAUUUUCUGAGCCAUUUUAAGGAAGUAUUAUCUGUUUUAAAUGCACUCACUGUGAAAGUAUCUAAAGAACUUGAUUUCAGGAUUGCAAUUCACUAGCCUAAGAUUGCCACUAAAAGGCUGAAAGCUCUCAUCUGCCUUCCUGGUUAUUAGAAGACCUGCAGAAGAUCGAUCCAUCAACACCCAGUAUAGAGAUUGUAAGACUAUAAGUAGCAGGGUGGGUUUUCAUUUUCAUUGAAACAAUUCUUAAAUUAGAAAAAGGGUUAGCCAAACGGUGUUAGAGGCUUCAGGGCAGUUUUGACUCAUGUGACCCCUCCAAGUACCUUAUCCAAAACAGGAUCUUCUCUAGUCCAUGUGCUCAUGCAUGUGAAUGGCUCUGAGGAAUUAAAACUUGCUGGUCCAAACAUACAGUAUCUUAAUGCUAUGUAUGUUGAGUAUAUACUAUGUAUUAACUUCCCAAAGAAUCCAUUUUGCAGAACAUGCUGUGGAAAGCGAUUUCAGUCUUUCAGUAUAGAUUCAUUGCAUAUUCCACCACAGCUUUCAUUUUCAUGUGAUUUAGAAGCCAGUGCAGGUUCUUUUAAACCACUGUUAAGCAUUGUUCUUUCCUUCACCUUUACCUUAAAAUAUAUUGAGAAUCCCAUUGGUGUGAACUGUAACACAGCUCCCACCGUGGGGCUUUCCGUCCCCUCUUUUAAAAGUCACAGGAUAAACAAAAGCCUUGGCAACAUUAAAAAUAUAAAUGAAAGCUAGCUUCCUUGACAAUUGCUCUUACUGAUCACCCUAAGUGAAAAAUACCAGAAUUCUUCCAUUGAGUUAGUAAAUUAGUUAACAUCCUUAGGAAGUGGGGUUUGUAUCUUUGAUGACUAUUUCCUAAGCCACAUCUUUCUAGUUCCCUAUGAAAAGAAGGUAACUAAUGCCUGUUGGCCUCUGGUUUCCUACAACUGGCAAGACUAACAUACAUACUUUGUGAAUACAGUCUUGGGUAGUAAAGGGGGGAAACGCCAACCCUUUACAAACUUUCACCACUAUCCCCAUUCUUCCAUAUCGCAAGGUGUGAGCCUCACCGUAAAUGACAAAGCUACUGUUCCCCUCUUGAAGAAAAAUGUAUAGCUGAAGAAAAACUGCAUAAGCAAAUCAUAUACCAUAUUCAUUUUUUUAUUUAACUCGAGGAUGGAAUGGGGAUAGCAUACAUUUUAUUGUACAAUAUUUAACAAUCACUUAUUCAAGGUGGAGUUUUAGGGGCUUUUUUUUUUUUUUUUUUAGCUUUUUGUUAAAUACUUGCAGAAAAAAAUAGCAAGUACAAUUUGACAGUAGUACAACAACCUGUGCCCAAAACACUGACAAGAAUUACAGAGUAAAGCUAAAAUAAUUGCUUACCAAUAUUUUGAGAGGUAACAAAUAGGAUAUGGAUUGAGACUGCGUAAAAAAUGUACUGCUGGUUGAAUAUCUGAGGUAAAUGAUGUUCAAUCAAGAUGCUACUUGUAUCAUUUUGCCCAUAAAUCAGUAAAUAAUUUUAUGCACAUUAUACCAAAUGUUUCUAAAAAGUAAUUUUUUAAAAAGGUAAAAAAGAGAAACUGGAAAAUAUUUGUGGAGAAGCAUUUUUUUUAAAAUAGUAAGUUUAAUUCCACUCAAACUUAUCAUCUGGUCAGGGUAUUUUUUUCCCCUACCUGCCUGCAUUUUACUUAAAUGUAGCUGUUACUUAGGAUUGAGGAAAGGAAGAAGAAAAAGUUUCUUUUUAAAUUUUAUGUAGAUGAUUCUCUUUUUAAAUUCCAAACUUGUUGGGUUUUUCUCCUGAUUAUAUUUUCGAAACAUCACCAUGAAAGAUAGUACAGGUUCAUGGGACCAACGAUUUUGAGGCACAGUCUCUGUUCUGGAAUUCACAAGGUACCUGUAAUAAACAUUCAAACAAGAGUCACACUUCACAUGCUAAAAACUUCCUAGCAUCUAAAAUACAUACAAGAGCUGUGCAGGGCAAAGACUUCGAAUAAAGCCAAACACUGGUUAAUCCAUCAGUCCUAUGGCAGUUGAUCAUAAAGCAUUCCUUACAUGGAGAUUUGGGCAAGGUAAAGAGUGGAAGUUAGAGCAGCAGUUCUGAUGGGUAUCAGAAAGGCAAAAUACAAGACGAAUCAUAAGGAGCACCAUACACAUGAGGAAAAAAUUAUUGGGGUCUCAGUUCACCCCCAAACAAAGAAGUCAUCAUUUUUCUCAUUCUUUGAUCUUUCUUUUUUCAGUAUCCCUAGCUCAAACUUUUUGUAAGCUUGCCCACUCUACGCUGACUGUAAACCAAACAUGAAAAUGCCCUGCAAAUGAAAGUUUUAACAAGACUAGGUAUCAGGACAGGUAGUCAUUGGAACAUUCUUAUUUUACUGCUUAUAAAAAGUGUUUUUCUAUUAAUAUAGUUUUCAAAAGGAUACAAGUCUUAAAGUUGGUUAGCUAGAGUUAAGUACAAUACCCAGGAUUUCUAAAAAUUUUUUCUAACAUGAAGAGAAAACUAUCUUUUGAAUAACUGAUCUUAUAAAAUUUAUCACUAGUGCUCACAUAAGCCAAACAUUCAUCAUAAUACUUCUUGUUUUUGUUUUGAUUUUUUUCUUGCUUUUAAAAAUGAGAUUAAAUGUUUAGAACAGGUAGAACUUUGUCUUUAGGAGAUUGACAAUUUCCAUGUGUGAACAUUGUCAGUUUCCCGUCUUGAUUAGUUUCAAAGUGGAAGUUAAACCAAAUCAAUUAAGAUGUCAGGUCCUUUUUGAAAUAAAGAGGUGAACUGAACAUUGAAAAGGGAAUUCUUAGGAAUACAGUGAAAACUUGGGUACAUAUGAGACCCAAGAGCACAAAGUUCUGCAUGGUGUGUGGCACACAGACAACAAUGCUGUUACUCUUCUUUCCUCCCUGCUUUAGAGUCUGUUGACCUAUGCAUUAUUUAUAAAUAAUAUAAUUUAUUAUUCCCAGAGAUUAAGUGCACAUUAUAUGUAAAAUGUAGUGUACUGUGUGGUUAAAUAGCCAUUUGAAGAUAAUACAUUCACAGUGAGCUCCUGAUAGUGACAUGUAAAAAGUUCUUUUAUAAAAUCAAUGUAUGGAUUUUAAAAUGACCUGACUAAAGUACAUAGUGUAAUACUGGCUAUUUAUUGGUCAGAAAUAAAAUAAAAUAGAAAUUCAGGAAAUUAA